CCAAGUUUCAUCUCUGCAUGCGUCUCCUCCAGGUUGUUCAAAAUGGUGCUUUUCUCAGUUAAACCUGGUGUUGACUCAAAGGCCAAGCCACGGGAGGUCGUACUCUUUUACUUUAUUUUAUAAUACGCAAAGAGGAUGCCUCUGCCCUCUGAGAUGCUGCCUGUAGAGUGGGCACCAUUUCAGCAAAGAGGGUAGGAGGCAGGUCACGCCAGCGCCUCGCUGCUCUGGGUUGUCUUUUCUGGGGCCACGGAUGUCUCCCCAGUUUCAGGCCAGGUCAUUCGUGUUUGAGUUGGAGCACCACUGGCUGCAGGUACAUCUCUCUUCAUCAAGGUUUCCCAGCGCCCCGGGCCACCCAGAUGAUGUGGGAUGGAUGCGCCAGAACUCGCCUGUCCUACCUCGCCUGCCAGGGACCAGCUGGCACCUGCUUCUGGCCCCCCAGGGGCCCCGGGUGGGCAGGCAUCGCCUCACUUGACCCUGGGCCCCGUCAUCCUGCCUCGGGAGCAGGGCCUAGCCCCCACCGUGUUCCUGAAGGCCCUGCCCAUCCCGCUGUACCACACAGUGCCUCCGGGAGGGCUCCAGCCACGUGCUCCCCUCAUGACGGGCAGCCUGGACGGGGGCAGCCUGCCCUUCGUUCUCAGCCCCCUGCUGCAGCCUGAAGGGCUUGGUCCCACCCGAGCCGGCAAGCCGGUGGCCCCGGGGCUCACGGUGAACAUAGUGAGUGCUCUGCCCAUCCUGUCACCGGGCCUGGGGCCCACUCUGAGCAGCCCAGGCAAGAUGCGCAACGCUGGUAGGUACCUGUGCCCACACUGCGGCCGGGACUGCCUGAAGCCCAGCGUACUGGAGAAGCACAUUCGCUCCCACACUGGGGAGCGGCCAUUCCCCUGCGCCACCUGCGGCAUCGCCUUUAAGACCCAGAGCAACUUAUACAAGCACAGACGGACCCAGACACACCUCAACAACUCCAGACUCUCCUCGGAGUCCGACGGUGGCGGGAGCAGCCUCCUGGAGGAAGGCGACAAGGCCGCUGAGCCCACUGGGGCCGACCGGGCGCUAUCACAGAGACCCCUUUCUCCCGGCACCCACGCCGCUGGGCACUGCCCGGUGCCCACCGCGCAUGUGUCCCUGGUUGCCAAGAACCUGGACCGGAAGUUGGACGCUGUUCCCUGCCGGGGGUCCACGUUUGAUGUCAAGGAGGCCCCUGUAGACUCUGCUCCCGGGCUCCCGCUGGCCAGCCCGCAGUCGAGGUGGAAGCUGCCAGAGCCUUGGUCCCCGACGGCCAGUAGGCCGAACACAGCGCUGCAGCAGCAGCAGCAGCAGCAGGUGGAGAAGCCUGGGGACGCCAAACCUUCGGAGGGCCGGCUGCGGAAGUGUGAGAGCACCGACUCGGGCUACCUGUCCCGUUCGGACAGCGCUGAACAGCCGCCAGCCGCCGGCAGCCCCCUGCACAGCCUGUCGGAGCACAGUGCCGAGUCCGAGGGUGAGGGCGGCCCCGGGCCCGGACGCGCGGAGCGGGCGGCCGGCCUGGAGCUGGAGAAGAGGCGGCUGGAGGAACGCAUCGCCAGGCUCAUCUCGCACAAUCAGGCCGUGGUGGACGACCCCCAGUUGGCCCACGUGCGGCCCCGCAAAACGGUCCUGUCCAAGCAGGGCAGCAUUGACCUGCCCAUGCCUUAUACCUACAAGGACUCCUUCCACUUCGACCUGCGGCCGCCGGGACCCGGGAGGCUGCCGGCUGCCCUGCGUGCCGCGCGCUCCACCUGCGCGCCCCCAGACAGGGCGCGCCCCCUCUUCUUCCACUCGGUCCCCACGCAGCUCUCCACCGGCACCGAUUGCGUGCCAGUCACCAGGAGCAACUCGCUGCCCUUCGUCGAGGGCACCGGGACGUGGCCGGAGCCGCCGGAACCCCGGGAUGCCUGGCCCCGGAGGCAGAAACCUCUGAGCCCCAGGCCCACCUCCGCGCGCCCGGCCGAUGCCCCUGGCGGGCACCCUCGGGCUCUGGUCAGACAGGCGGCAGUCGAGGACCUGCCGUGCCCCCUGACCGCAGAUGCCCCGGCCCCCACGGAGGACCCAGAGGGAAAGAGACCAGCUGCUGAGGAGGGGUCUACCAGCAAGGGCCAGGCAGCUGCUAAGAAACGCGGCCAGAGGAAGAAGAUGUUCUCACAGGAGAAGUGGCAAGUAUACGGGAAGGACACGUUCAAGAGCAUCUACCAGAGAGGGAAAGCCAGCCACCAUGGAGGCAGGAAGGCGACCGAGGGGACAGUGGGCGGUGGGGCUGCGCUGGAGUGUCCUCCCCAGCAAGAGGCCGCGGGUGGUGGGGACACUGUUAUCGGGGCCAAGCCGGGGCCGUGGGCAAGUCCACCAGUCCUGGCAGGCCUCUUGGUGACUGAGCCCCACAAGCAGAGGGAGACAGUGGCCGGAACAGGAGGCCCUGACCAGCUGGGCUCUAACAGGGCCGCCUCACCCCCCGCCCUCAGCAGUGGAGAAGCCCUCUGCUUGGGCAGCAAAAGCCCUCCGCUUCCUCCACAUGAGGUCCCGAAGCUGGGGUGUCAGCAGCUCCCAGCACCUGGUCCCCCCACAGGGGGUGACCUAGAGGCUCCCAGGCCAGACUCCAAGCUGGACGGUGGCACCUGCAGUGGUGAGGGCACCAGGGAAACCUGUCAGCAGGCCCAUGUGGCCCCAAGAGGGCCUGGCGGGAGCUCAGGAGAGCCUAAGCCCCCGGAAGACAAGCUCCCCUCAGAGAGGAAGAAGUUGAAGGUGGAGGAGCUAAGCUGCCAGGAGCUCCUGGGAGCAGGAGGAGAGACUCCCGGUGGCCCCAUGCAGACUGCCUCACCACCACCUCAGAACCAGGACACUGACCCUGGGGAAAAGCCAGGGGCUCUGCCUGGAAGUGGCAACCGCACAGAAAGGGUCAUGUCUGGGGCCCUGAGGUGGGAGGGUCCUCAAGACACGGAGCCUCCACCACGUUCCCCUGGGUGUUCCUCCCAGCUGACCUCCCACCCUCCAGCUCCUCACACCCUCACUGGCCCGGUGGACAUGGCCUUUCCUCCCCAGUACCUCCUCAGGUUUCCCCAGCGAGACACCCGCCCCCUGUCGCCUGUUCUCCAGAAGCCGGACCAAGGUCAGGACUCUAUCAGCAAGAGAGGGGGGGCCGAGGUACAGACAUCCUUUGCCGAGUCAGGGCAGGGGGCCCUCCUGCCUCCCUGUCCUAUCUCAGGCCAGGCCCCAGCUGGAGAAGACAGCUGCUGGGAACACCCCAGCUGGUCCAGGCCGUGUGACCAGAGAGAGGAGAGGGGCAGCUUGAAGGCUGGCAUCCCAACAGCCAGGGUUCUCAAGGGGUCGGCCUCCUUCUUGCCUGCCCCAAUGUGUGACUCUUGGAGGAGCGGGGCCCAUGACACCCAAGAAAUCUGCAGGAGCAACACUGUGGUGAGGGCUGGGCCCUCUGGGGGUGUCCUCAAUCCCUGGGAACCCACUGGGGCGCUGGGGGCGCCUUCUGAGAGUGCCACUCAAGCCCCUCCUUUGGGGUCUCUAGCGGAGCUUCAUCCCUGCUGCUCCCACCAGCCUGGCUCCUCUCUCUCGGCCAGCAUGGCUCCCCACUGGCCUGAGUUGGCCUUGCGCACCAAUGCAGAGCCUGCCAGGAGCCGCGGGGUCCAGGGCCCUUUUCCAUCGCUGAGGGCCGAGCCCCGGCUCACGUGGUGUUGCCUGAGCCGCAGCCUCCCCCUGCCGAUGGAGCAGAAGGAGAAGGAUGCUUCUGUGUAUCUGGGCUUACAUUUGCCUGGAGGUGGCCUCCAGGGUGAGGGUCCGGACGCCUGGCUGGUGAGCAAAACAUUGUCUGGAGCAUGGACCAAGAUAUGCCCUGGAGAUGGAGGGCAGAUGCAGAUAUCGAAGCUCUCUGACCCAACAGCCCGAGGGAUGCUGUCCUGGGACCGGGUGUCUGAGCCAGAGUGGAAGAAACGACGGUCUCGUAGAAGAGCGAAGAUACCUCGUGGGAGCAGCAGGUGGAAACAUCUGAGCACCCACUCUAAAAGGUACAGAGGGAAUUUCUUGCAGAGCCGUGUCCAGCUGAGAGUCAUUAGACUGCGGAAGCCACACUGGGUUCUGAGAAAAGAUGGCCACCCACCCCGAGCCAAGGGGCCGGACCCCCAUAGGACUCAAGGGCAGGCUUCUUCAGAGAUGGCAGGUCUGAAUCUGUCAGGGGAGCCCUCUUGUGUCACCUCAGAAUCAUCUGUUUGCAUUGAGAACAGAGAGCAGGAGGAGGAGGAGAGCGGACACGUCUCCAGGAGUUUCUGUUCUAACACAAGCUUAAGAACCGUAGGGGACACAGACAGACCGAUCGCAAAGGAAAUUUCAUCUGCUGGUGAGCAUGGGGCUGGUUGUCCUCUAAUCACUGCUGUGGGGUCAGGUUUAUCUCUGCCAUCUGACUCCCUCGGGGCUAAUGACAGACUUCCAGCCUGCAGCAAAGGUCUCGACAUGGGAUCAUUGGAGACUCACCUGCUGCCCUCCCAGCAGCACAUCUCAACAGACCCCACACCAUGCGUUUUCUCAGAUGCUCAAGAGCCCUCUUCCUUUGUGUCCAAAGGAACCUCUCUCGGCCAUGACCUUGCUACCUCUGCAGCUGCCGUCUGUCCUUCCCUGGGGGCAAGAGCAGGCCAUACAACCCUGGGAGUUCACAGUGUGGAACCACAAGACCAGGGUGAAGAGGAGAUUCUCACACAAAGCUCUCCAGACAGAAAAACGAUAGCAGAGGGCAUGUCCCCAAGCCUUUUGCCAGGGAAGCCUUCAUCUGGGCAGAGAAUUUCAGGUUCAGUUACACCGGGGUCCACUGGAAAAAUUCAUCUUGAAAUACCAGCUUUAGGACCAGGUUCAGCUAGUUCACACCAAGAGGAAGGGAAACACAAGUCAUGUUUUCCUUCUGGGGGGCAAUGUGGGUGUAGGGAAGGGCUGGUCCCCUGCCCUCUGGUAGGACCUGACAAUGGGAAAUGUCAAGGAUUCAUGACUCUAAAGGAUGAUGCUGUCCCUUCUAAGCCAGGGCUGCCCACGGAGAUCCCUGCAGCCUCUUUGAAAACCCUCAGGAAGAGAAGUUUGGAAGGAAUGAGAAAGCAAACUCGUGUGGAGUCCAGCGACACCAGCAGCGACGAUGAAGAUCGGUUAGUGAUAGAAAUCUGAUGCUUCCAGAGAAAGAUGGUGUCUGUCGUCAGAGAUGGUUGAUGCUUUGCAGUCAAUGCCAUCAAGUGGGCGGCAGAAAUGAACUCUAUUCAUGAAGCCCCUGCAGAGAGGAAAGCCAUCUGGGGGUCUUUCUAAGAUCUCCCCAACCUACUCUGAAGCCCAAGCCCAGCCUCACUCCUCCCUAGAUGCCCUGCUCACAAGGCAUCAGCAGGGCAAAUGUGGCAGCGAAAUAAAGUGUAAGAAGGGUUGACCUGCAUGAGGACUGUGUCUUGACUCCUAGCUGUGUCCUCUGCUUUGGUUCCUCACUGCUUUACCCAGGAAACCGGCAUUGACCCAGAGAGCCACAACUGACUUGCUUCUGAACCAGGGUCAAGGUGACAGGUCUCCUCCAUCAGUGAGCUUGGGGUUGGCUUCAAAGAGAGUAAUGGUACUUGGGAAAGUUGGGGGAGCUUGCAAAGGAGCUGGGGUGUGAACUGGGCAGUGAGAUACUUCUCUUCAUUCCCGAUUCCUCCAAAAACUGAAGUUUGGUCUCAGUAAUUUGCCUCCUUAGUGGAAGUUGUAAAUAUACUUCAAAAUGCCUAUGAGCUGGUGAAAUACUGAGUGUCUCUCAAUGUUGCACAAAUGGUCAAUGCUUAUGUGUGAUUCAAUGACACAGCAUGUUUAGCUUGUGUUCCUGGUGCCUUUUCUGUGGAGACCUCUGGAACCCUUGGUUUUUCCAGCUCUUGCAAAAGGAACAUUGUGUUAAAAGUUGAUAGCACAGUCUCUGUAAUGAGUCAUUUUUGAGGGGGAAAAUUCACUUGUUUUCCUCCAAUUCUCUCUGUCAUAUUGUGCUCUGAGCAAUUUCAAUUAGAGGGUUACAUUUUAGUAAUCUCUACAGCUUAAACUGAUGCCUGCUCAUCGUGAUGGGAGCCUUUCAGAUUUCCUCCAGAAGCUUCAAGGUUACAAAACUAAUUGGAGUUUUGACGCUGUUUUACAUCUUGGUAAUUUUAUUUUGGGGGCUUGGUGUUACUUUGCUGUCAAAUUAAAUCAGCCUCUGUAUUGUGCAAGUCAGAACAGCACAGAGAAAAUUCCCCAGGAUUCCAAGCCCGUGCAUCCCUGUGCAGAAGAAAAUAGCUGAUGUACGUCAGUGGUGAGCAAAGCCUCCAAGUUACCACACUCUUCUCCUCUUUAAAUGGGAGAGGAGAAACUUCAGGAGAUCCACACUGCUGCAUUUCAAUAAAAUUUUAUACUUGCUUUUAGUAUGAUUUUGUACCAUUUGGAAUUUAUAGCCCAGCUCUUUUGGCUUCACUUUGAUGUAAGGAUGUUCCUACGACAUAGUUCAAAGGCAACACGAAACAUCUCGCAUGGUACGAAGAUGCUUUAAUGCGUCCUUGUCUGUGAUGAAGGACGGUCAGAUUUCAAGAGUCUUCAAGUGAAGUUUCCAAUUUUAGGGUUGUUUAUACAGAAACUUUGUGGUAGGGUCAGCUUCCCCCAGUGACUUAGCUUAUGUCUGUGGUCAUUUCAGAUGUGCUCCAACAUAGCCUGGUGAUUUCAAGUCCAGUCAAGGAAAACGUAAGAAGGAGGCUAGGCAUUUGCUUCCUGUACUUUCUAAACCAAACAAAAGUGAUGUAAUUAUCUAUCCUUUGAUUUAUCCUUGCCACUGUAGUGAGAGAAGAUCUAGGAAAGUGGUCUGAGUCCUGGAGGAAGAGGGAGAGAAGGCCUGACCUUGUCCAGAGCUGGCUAGGGAAUCUUGGUGAAGACUUGGUCCCUUUCGGCACCUUUUUCUCCUUCUGGGAAGGAGAGAGUAAGACUAGAUCCACUGAAUGCUACUCUGGGCCCCGAUUCUCAUGAGUGUGGCUCGGAGGAGGGCCUCAUGAGGAGUAGUCUUGUACCCAAGAAGUUUGGGAGGGGGAUGUGGGGAACUAAACCCAAUUAUUAUUUUUUUGAAGAAUGUGGACUCAGGGAAGCUUCUUAUUUUUUCCCCAGAGGUACAGGUUUAGGCGGGAUGCAGUCAACCCAUUUCUAAAUGGUGGCUUAUAAUGCAAAAAUUAGAAGCAAAAACAGAACACUACGGUAUGGGAGGAAGCCAGCAUAUCUGUAGGAUAAGCUAGUUACUUUGUCUUGGGAGGCACUGGUCAGGGGGGCAAACUAUGGUCUAGAUCCUUCUUUCCCAGGUGGUUGCUGAGUUGCUGGCUGCAUCACUGUACUGAGGUCAGUACAUCAUAGCUCCCAACAGCACGACCUCAGGAGAGUCAGGUGGGAGCUUGAUCCUUCUACAACCCAUCAUUGCUGGCUGCCACAUCCCAGCCUCCAUUAAACAUGGCAGAAUGCUGAUUCCAUCCCUAACUCUCUGUGCCUCUCAUACAAAGAUGAGCAGGUCACCAAUAUUCCUCUCUCUGAUGGUCCUUUUGGCUAGUUGGUGGCAAUGUUUACAAAUGUACUUUACUUCUUAUCAACAUGAAUUUGUGAAAAGCUGUAUUUGAGUGGAUUAAAAAAAAAAAACAAAUUAAAGAAUGUAGUUUGAAUGACCCUAGAGGAAUUGGCUUUUGGAAAUCAUCUCAAGGUAAAUAUUUUUUUUAAUGAAAAAUUCUUUUAUAAAGCAACAGACAAUCUCUGAUUUUAUAAGUCUUAAUUUUCUCAAGUUCUUAAGGAUUUUCUUAAAGUGAGCUGCAACUAUAGGGGUACAUUUUAAGGAUAUUAUUGGUGAACUAUAACCCAGUUUGGGUUAUUGAAAAUAAAAUUUCAGUAUUAUUGAUUGAUCAUUGCUGCUAUGACUGUACAGGCGUGUGCCGUGGAAUGGUUAAGGGAGAGCAAAUUUAUUUUAGGACAGGGCAAACUGGGUCUAAAAACUGGGGAUCCCCCUUCUUCCCAGUGCUGUUAAUUUCACUGUAGCUUGAGGUAAGGCUCUUAACCAAUGGGUGUCUCAGCUUCUCCCACAGAGGAUAACUCCCAGGAUGCUGUCACAGACAAAGAUAAAGUGCACUUGGAAUUCUUUCCUUCUCUUGGAGCGAGGUAUACAAAUGCCAUGAACUGUGAUACUCAAGACACCACCAAGUAUGCCCCUCCAGCCGUACCUACACCCGGCCAGAUCUCACUUGUUGAUGACGCAUAGAGAAAAGAGGUUUCACAUUUCCCCGCUCUUGGCAAACUAUACUGUUAAGUGGCUCUUCAUGUCAUGUGCUUUUUGAUGGACAACCUGAAUCUUCUUUGAUGUAAGGCAUGAUGGAGACAACUCAUGCCUCCUUGUUGUAAGACUUGAUAGAGACAACUCAUGGUCUUUGAGAUUCUGGACUAAGCUAACAUCCCCUCAUUUUACAACCCAGGAGAACCUAUGAUUCAUCCUCCAAGAGGUUUAAAAAAAAAAAAAAAAAGACAGGGGAUUGGUGCUUCUGUGUUCGAAUCAAAACUCUGUCAACAGCAUGAUGGUUAACUAAGGGCAAGUUAAACUUCCCUCUCCUAAAAUCCCUCCUCUAGAGCUCAGAUGGGAAGAGUGGCCUUGUACAAUUUCAUUGUGACCACAGCUCUUGCCAUGACAGAUGAAUGAUUUUUGUCUCAUGCCUAAAUGUAUUUCCUUGCAUUUACAUUCAUAACUUAGAAUGAUCACAUUAUUCAUUUUUUCUCCCAGCAUAGGAAUUUGCAUUUUGCACAAAAACCUGCCUGGUGCAGCAGAUUUUGUAGUUAUAGAAGCUGUCAUCAUUAUUGGAAUGUACCGCUGCUCAAAUCUCCAGACAUAAUUUAAUCUGGUGAGGAAAAAAUGACCUGCCUGGCUCUAUGGAGGUCAUAUUUCUACAGCCAUGGCAAACAGGGCUUAUGUAUUUUUUCUCACUUCAAUUGUGACUCCCAGAACUCUUUUGAGGGAGAUUCUUUGGCGUUUGAAACACUACAUUUCUCAAUCUGUAAGCACAGCUUUUUGCUCUUCUUUCCCAGAUACUCCUUAAACCUAGAUGUCAGAACUCAAGAAAUCCUAUGUGCUAGAUCUGUACCCUGUACAAUCCUUUUCAUUCAUGCUUUGUAUGUAUGUGGAAAUACACAGAAUUCAAUCUGAAGUACAGGACAUUGAGUGUAUUAGUUUACCACUGAAAGAAAAAGAGCCAGGGAAAAUAAUCAGCUUCUGUCACUUGGAGCCCUAGAGGAUGACUCAGUAUUUAUAUAUGCAGCCAACUCUUUAGAACUUACUACACUAUCCGUUGUUCAGAAUCAAGAAGCUGUUGGCUUCUUGGUUGUUUGUUUAAAUGUAUUUCCUUCUUUAUAUGGUUAAAUUAUUUUGUUUUGAUAAAAAUAAAACUGAAAAUGAAGAUGUCUUAUUUGAUUUGUUAACAUUUUAACUUAAACUGCUGCUGCUGCUGCUGCUGCUAAGUUGCUUUAGUCGUGUCCGACUCUGUGCCACCCCAUAGACGGCAGCCCACCAGGCUCCCCCGUCCCUGGGAUUCUCCAGGCAAGAACACUGGAGUGGCAACUCAAACUACCACCAAAAAUAUAUCCUAGAUAAGUUGGAUAUCUGAAUAUUCCUGAAAAGUUGACCAGACAUUUUGUCCGCCAUAUUGGUAUCCCAUUCCACUCAAUGAAAGAAUUGGGUAAUGGCAAAUUAUCACAUUUUCUUGUGUUGUUCUCUUUCCCCAUGUGUCCCUUCUGUCAUUGUCUGCCAUAUUUAAAGGUUCAUAACUUAGAAAUGUGUUUUUAAAUGUAGCUAGACUUUAAGGCCACAUGAGGGCACUAUCCACAGUCCAAUAAUCCCAAACUUUUCCCUGUGGAAUUGAUGUUACUUGGAUAUUUAAUAUUAUUCAUUAACUGAGAAAACAUCCUUACUUCAAAAACAAUGCCUCCUUAUGAGUAUAAAUCAUGUACUCUUGGCAAGAAUAGUAGAUUUAUUUUUACAUACCAACACAGUAUUCUAUGACUAUACCUCCUGGAGCCGUUUGAAGUCAAUGGAGACAAAAUGCAUUGGGAGAAAAAGUGCGAAUGGAAACAUGGGAAGAGCAGAUAUACUGACUGAUGGAUUUCCAUAGCUUUUUUUUGCUAACUCAUCAAACGUGUAUAGUCAUAAAUUGAUCUAUUCUUUCCAAACUUCCAUCAUUUGAGAACCAUCUUACUGCUUUUUACCAUAUUUGUCCACACGUGGGUACAUUCUUUACUUUUA